UAAGCACGUCUUUUGUCUUGCCCUCGACAGCUCGUGGUUCUUGGCACGCCAGCCGAGGAGCACGCCUGUGGCAAGGAGCUUCUCAUCCGCCAGGGGGCGCUCGAUGGCAUCGAAGUGGCCAUCAUGUCGCACCCAACUCCCGCCGAUGUUGUGGCACCUCUUUUUUCAGCGUUGCAGGAGCUCGUGGUGCGAUUCAAAGGCAAGUCUGCUCAUGCUGCUGCUUACCCUUGGGAAGGCGUGAAUGCCCUCGAUGCUGCCAUUGCUUCCUUCGUCAACAUUGGCCUCCUCCGCCAACAGUGCAAGCCAUCUUCCUGGAUUCACGGUAUUAUCGCGGAAGGUGGCAAGUAUGCCAACGUCAUUCCGGAGGAGACGGAACUCCGCUUCUGCGUGCGCUCCGAGUCCUACGCCGAACUGAUAUCGCUUCGAGACCGAGUCGAGGCCUGUUUCAAGGGCGCAGCCGAGGCCACAGGCUGCGUGGUGAGCAUCUGCAGGGAAAUCGCUUACAUGGAAGUCAUCCAGAACGCCACCAUCGCUGCCUCCUACCGGAAGCACGGCCACUCACUCGCGUUGAACUUCAUCGACGACUACGUGAAAAAGAUACCGGUCAGCGGAGGGUCUACGGACUGCGGCAACGUGUCCCAUCGCGUGCCCACCUUGCACGCCGUGUACAGCGUCGGGUCGAAGGAGAAGGUGCGGGGACCGGCCAACCACACUCACCAGUUCGCAACCCUGGCCGGCUCCGAGGAGGCCCAGCCGCCGACUCUGCGAACGGCCAAAGUGCUGGCACUAACCGUGCUCGACCUGUUGACGGACGCAGAGCUGAUGCGCAAAGCGCAGGCAGAGUUCGCUGCUCUUCAGCUCCAGUCAGACGCUGAGCUGCAAGCAAUGACGCAGUGAAUAAA